CCACUUAGUACUGUAAAAUGUUCAAAUUUGACCUCAUCCGCAGGAGGGCGAAUGUUCCAUCAAAUUCUUUGGUUCAACUUGCUCUAGAGAGAAAUUGGCCAAAAGGGAAAAAAAAGAAUGUGUUCUUUAAAUAUUAAAUUUAUUGAGAAACGUCUGAGAGAAAACUUGAAUGGUGUUGAUAUAUCCAAAGAUGUCAAGACUGUACGGGACGAUGUAUCAAAUCUACUAAAAUUACCAUUGACGGCGUUUG